AGUUGCAACGGAUAUGCGGAAAGCGCUAAUAACCCCAAAGUAUACAAUAGACUGGGCUUGGUCUGGUAAUGCGGGUUGUGCCCGACCACUCAAAUACAAUUGUGCAUUGGCACGGUGUGGACUUACAACCGAACCACAGAAGACUUUUCUUGGUGAAAGAUGCGUUUCGACGAAGUCUUGACCUGCGUUGGGGAGCUGGGUCUGUACCAGUUCCGUGUGGCUCUGUUCAUCACCAUUAUGUUGGUACCGCUCAUGUGGUAUCCUAAUGUUGAGAUCUUCACCAAUCCCAGUGUUAAUCACUGGUGCUCUGUCCCCGAGAUACGGACCCAGUGUGGUGCCUGGGGCCUGGAUGAGGCCCAGUGCGACCAGAAGAUUAUUGAUGUGGCUGUCCCAACACUGAGUGGCAAAGGAAAUGACAACUGUCGACGAUACAACUGGACUGGUGUGGAGGUAACGAUCAACACAACAAGAGGAGAACUAAACCAGACCAUCAUUGACUGCAACGCAGGCUGGGACUUUGACCAUUCAGUGUACAAAUCCACUAUUAAAGAACAGUUUUCUGUUGUUUGCGACCAAGCUUUGCUGAACGAACUACCGCUGACAAUCUUCGGUGCCGUGGGGAUGGUGGGAGUGGUCGUCUUUGGUGCUAUAGGGGACAGAUUUGGCCGUCGCCCCGCGUUCAUUAUUUGCCUGAUCACACAGACGUUGACUGGACUAGUCGCUGCAUUUUCUCCGUCGUUUACCGUCUAUUUUGUCGUCCGUACUUUUACGGGAUUCGUCAAUGGGAGCGUGUUCUACUGUAGUUUUGUUUUACUCAUGGAAAUGAUUGGCCCGUCCAAGCGGAACCUUGUUCGUGUCUCUCUGAUGUGUAUCGGCGCCGUUUGUAUGAUGAGUUUAGCGGGCUUUUCGUAUUUCAUCCGUUGGUGGAGAGGCAUGUCCAUUGCGAUGGCCAUAACUGCGAUUGUCUUGGACUUCUUCAUCCCGUUUAUUCCCGAGUCUCCGGCCUGGCAGCUGACAGUCGGUAAGAUUGACCAGGCAGAGAAGACCAUCCGGAAAAUGGCGCGAGUGAACAAAGCGGAACUACCGGAAAAGCUCUUCACCGACGAAGAUAUCGCUGAACUCAAGGGUAUUAAGCAAGCGUCCAUGAUCGAUCUUCUGAAAUCACCAGUUCUACGUUUUCGUCAAUUGAUUCUUUGUUGGAUGUCGUUUUGCAUUGAACUGACUGUUUUUGGCCUGACACUAAACAGUGGUAACAUAGGCACCAGUCCCCAUUUGUCAUAUGUAUUGCUUAUCGUCGCUGAUAUACCUGCCUUCGUCGUAGUCUUCCUGCUCCUGGAUCGCAUUGGACGUAAAUGGACGAUGGCGGCGUGCCUUGCCGUCUCAGCGGCCGGCUGCCUUGCUACUGCUUUCGUUGAGCAAGGAUCAGUAGCUCAGACGGCGCUGGCCAUGGUGGGGAAAUUCGGCAUAUCGGGCGCCCUCAGUGUUUCAGAUCUGUUCAUCGCUGAGCUUCUGCCGACCCAAGUCAGGAGUGUCGGUUCAGGACUGAACGGUAUGGGAUUUGGUCUGGGAAGCACUUUAGCCCCAUACCUGACCCGCAUUCAGGACCUCUGGCCACCAGCUACCUUGCUUAUCCUCGGGAUUCUUACAAUCUUGACCUCCAUACUAGUGAUUCUGUUCUUGCCAGAGACUAUGGGUAGAGACCUUCCGAUUACCAUCGAAGACGGAGAGAACUUCACCAAAAGGCGACGUAAAGGAGAUGAAAAGGACGUGUCGACUUUGGCUGUCGAUUUGGUGUCAGUCGGUGAACAGGUGAACAUGAAAAGAAUCAAGCAGAGUAACAUGAAACAUUUUGGAGCCGAGUAUCAGGAAGAAAAUUUAGACCUCUUAAGUCCUUAAAUUCUGCUCAUCAAAAAUAGGAUUCACAAUUUCCGUAAGGUCAACAGUGACUGAUUGUUCGAUGCUUGUUUAUUGUAGAAUCUGCUUUAUUACUACAGAUUGCUGUAGGAGUACCGUUGCAACUAAUUUUUAAGGGAACAGCCCAUGAUUUACUGAGAAUAGUGUUUUCUUCCUAUUAACUUGCUGUUUGAUGUUAAAUCAAAGUUUGACAAAACUAUUUUGAAUUGAAGGGAUUUUACAUUUUAAUUCAUUUGCGUUAGUAUGUCUAGAAAUAGUUCAGUGUUGCACUGGGGGACAUAAUAAUGUAUUGUUCGUGCUUUUUUACGAGUUUCAUCCCGGAAAAUAUUUUUGAAGUUGCUAUGGUUCUUGCAAAAUAGAACUGAUUCAUUUUUUAAAGGGAUAUCGAAUGAAAAAAAAUCGGCACACGUUUUGUUACAGAAUAAUUUCGUUGCUAACUUCUAAUUGUUUGCAUCCUAGUAUAGGUUUUCCUGGCUAUCUUAAAAAAAAAAAUUCAUUCACAAUCACCAAAUCUAACAGUCGAUUUCGUCCGAGAAAAAAAAUUCACACGCUUUUACCAGAACAAUUUAGUCAUUUACCAUUCAAUUUCAAAGUUUGGUCAUCCUCUUUAGUCACCGGGUCGAGGAUAUUCCUCAUUACAGAUCAAAUUCGUCUAGGCUGUUGCAGAAUGGCAACACUCAGAGAUGAAAUUUGUCUUUUAUCAAUCGAUUUAAAACGUGUAAAAAGUAAAUUAGUCAGGUGUGGUAUAAAGCAUUUUCCUUGUGUCACCAAACACAAUUUGGCCCAUUCGCGUGCACGAUAUUUGGACCAAAGCAGAGUACUUAUAAGAAGAGUCACCCAAACAGUAAAGAUUACCAAGAUCAACGACACAACGGCAUCUAAAAUAAACAAAAGAAAAGAAAAAGUCUUAAAAAUGAAAAAAAAAACCCAUAAGUCCCCGUGUAAUGUGCCUACAAUAUUGAGUCUAACAUUUUAAGAAGAAUCAAUAGAAAUGUCACAUUUAUGAAGAAAUAAGGAUAGAGAAAAAGUAAAGAUUUUUCUUCUUAGAGGCCUGUAUAGGCCUUUGAAGAUAUCGCUAUACGUAUGACGACAUUUGACAAAAUUAAUGUUUAAAUUGUGUGGCAUUAAACGAAUUUAAUUUUUGAAUAACACGAUCCGGCUGAGACGAGACGACAUUGUAUACUCCGGGUCGAAAAUGUGAGCUCAUUGUUUGAAUUUGUUUUGACAAACUUUCAAGCUGUCCGACAAAAGACGAAAUUAACAUUGGAAGUGCACUAAAUCGACGUUGGUGGACGAAUUUCAAUAUAAGUAACGUUGAAUUCGAAUGAUAAACGUUUUAAAAUAGCCGGGAAAGCCUAUAAAUUCUGGCAUUUUUGUGCACAAGAGGCACAAAAGCAAAUUUGUAAAAAAAAUCCUAACAAAUCUGACAAACAUUGAAACUUCAUUAGAAAAAAAAGUAGCGUUUUCUUGAAGAGAACUGGAAGUAUGCCAUAAUCCAAUGCUCUUAUAUUAUCUGUAAAUGAGUUAAGUGAGUUUUCUCUGUCAUGAUUCACAAACCAAAUAUCAGGCAUUGAGAGAAACGAAUUAAAUUGUUGAAGUGGUCUUGUUGAUUAAGAUAAUUAUAAAAUACUCAUGUAAAUUUGCCGCAAGCAAACUCUUCAAUAUUAGAAUGUGGCACGAAUUAUUUGCAGCUUUAAAGCUGCCGCUAGAUUUCUAAAAGAUUUUAUUUGGGAACUUCUUUUGUCUAAUGCAAAAUGUAUGAUGUUUGUUUGCUUAUGUGGCAGGGCCAAAUUGAACUUGUAGUUUUUACUGUAUUGCUUUUAGUGUUUAAGUAUAGGUGUAGCUCCCCUGCCUAAAUUACCCCUUUCUAUUAGAUGUCUCCUACCCUUUCAUAGAAGUGUGUACCCCUGAUUAAAUUUUCCCUCUUCCCCAGUAACAUGAUCCCUUAGAACAAUAGCCCCUUUGAUAAGACCAUGUGCUCUGCCACCCUGUAAGUCCACAGCCCUCACUUAGAAGACCAGUGGCACAGAAGAGAGUUGUGUUUUGGCGAGUUAUUUCCUCUCUUUCUCCUUUUCUUGGGAGCGCCUGCCCUGUGUGUUUAUCUGCUUAAGUCACCUGGUGAGUUUUAUUGUGAAAUUGUUGUUCUUUUAUAUUGUAUAAUCAUGUUUUGAGUUCUAGUGCAGUUUUUGGAAGGUUUUUACUUAGUUAUGGUCUAAAGUGUUUUUUUUAAUCUUUGGAAAGUUUUUGUGAAAGUUUAAUUUUGAAGCAUUGAGAUUUUACUGUUCCAUGAUGGGUUAUGAUUUGGAUUCUGCACAAUUAUGAUUUCUGUCUUACCUUUUUGAUAUAUUUGAAGUAGGGAUCGAGUACUGUUUUUUAUAGGAAUUAAGUUUCUUUGACUAGUUUUACAGGAUGGAAGAAUGUUUUUCAUGAGUUUACAUUUAUUGAGUUUUGCUUUAUAACUUUUGGUUUCUCUUUGAAAGAUUUGCUUGGAGAAUUGAUUUUUGUUGAGAAAGAUUCAUAUUUUACCCCUAGAACAUGUAGAUUGAAUGACUUUUUUAGUGUAUCUCUACCACUGUUUAAGCUAGGAGGUUUGACUUUCCCACAGAUCUAGAGACCCAAGUGUAUAAAUUCCUUUCUUAGAAGAUCACCAGAUGUUUAUUCAUGUAAUUAGACUUGUCCUAGUCCCACUUCCUUGACUGCAUUGUCCUAUAUGUUUAUCUCCACUUUACCACCUGUUUACCUUGAGGCUUAGUGUGAUUGUCUUAGACUGGGUGAAGUCUAAUUAGAAGUUAUGUGGAACAGAUAAGAGCCAUGGAUUAGUAUAGAUAUUCAGCCAGAAACUUGUGUUGCCAUUGCGUAUGUUGGGCAUUAUAGUGACUUUGUGUAACAUACUGUACAUAAUAGAGUUAGACUGCGCUAUAUAACCAAUUUAACUUUCUUUUGCUAUAUCUCUUAAUUGUAUUCUUUCUUUUCUUGUCUUUUCUUGAUUUUUAGGUUUCAGUCAGAGUGCAUUUAGGGUUCACUAAUUUGACGCUCUGUGUUAGUUUUGGGUUUAAGUUGGUUUUUAAGUUGGUUUUACUGUUGGUUUUUGGUUUUAGUGUUUUAUCUCAGUUUUUUAGUUUUAUCAUUGAGGUUUACUUUUGGUUUUAAAGGUUUUUUUUUUAUUCAGCUUUGGUCUCAAGUUUGUUUCAUUUUAAAAUCCUUUUCUUAAUAAAAUAGUUCGCGACUUGUUCUUA